GCGACAUGCCGUAAAAUGUGAGCGGUCGCUGAGGAGACGGGAAGAAGCCUCUUCUUCCGCGGUGCGGAUGUUCUCAGUUAUUGAGCGCAACAUUGUUUUGUGAAGAAUAAGAGAUGUUAAAGAAAUAUUGUUAAAAUUGUAAAAUUUCAAGUGGAAUGAAGAAGCCAAACCAGUGAUGCUACUAGCAGAUAUGCCUGGCUAUUAGGAAAUGCAGACCUUUGAACAGGAAACAGUGGGGAGCUGUUGACCAUUAACAGACGAUGAUUUGUUUGUUGUUUGCGAAGCCACAUUUUCUCGGACUCCUGUCACUGAGAGAACAUUGCAGCAACCUGCCUUGAUGCCUAUAUUCCCAAUCCCCCGUCGGGUGCGUUCCUUCCAUGGCCCCCAUUCUACAUGUCUACAUUCGGCAUGUGGCCCAGUUCGGACAACGCACCUCGUCCGGACCAAAUACAGUAGCUUCGACCUUUACUUGAAAUCACGGUGGCUGUUUUGUUUCAUCCGCUUCCUGUUGUACUUCAGCUGCAGCCUCUUUACGUCCAUACUCUGGGUGGCACUGUCCAUCCUCUUCUGUAUCCAGUACUUCUUCAUACGUGUGUCCCUGCGCUUUCAAUACAAGCUUUCCAUAGUGCUUCUGUUGCUGGGGCGUAGGCGUGUUGACUUUAACACAAUGAAUGAACUCUUUAUCUAUGGGAUCCAUGUGACAAUGCUGCUAGUUGGAGGACUGGGCUGGUGUUUUAUGGUGUUUGUUGAUAUGUAAAUAAGAGUGCAUGUGAGAAAUGGUUUUGUGCAUUAUAGUGUAAAAUAUAUUGUUUACAAUCAUGCAAAAAGAUUAUUUGAUUUUUAUUGAAAACAAAAUCUUGCUAUGUUAAAAUAUAUGAAUCAUCAAUCAUUGCUUUGUUUCUUUUCCCACCUCUCACUCACUCUCUCCUCCCCGUCCAUGGUAUGUCUGCAUCGUUUUGAUGAAGCAUUACACAAGCCAACAGUAAAAUUACAGGAGUAAAGAAGUCUUACUGCAGUUAUACACAUCCAAAGCACCAUACAUGUUUUGGAAAUGGUGGAGCAGAAGUUCAUUAAUUAAUUGGAUUAAUAUAUAAUAGAGGGAGUUGCCAAGUGAAUGAAGUCAGAAUAAAAUAGCCUAUGUUGUUCAGAGGUUUGAAGAAAGAGUGGUAAUUGUAUCCCACAAGGUUCUGAUCAGGCAUGAUGAGGUGGAUACUGAGGGCCAGUUUACUCUGUUGGGGAGUCUAAACUGGGGAAUUUAGUCUAAGAGCAACAGGGUUGAGUAUUUGAAACAUACUUUCAUCCAGAAUCGUGAACAUUUUGUAUGUUGGGUGUCUACAGAUGGUAUAUCAGGCUAGGUUGAAGGUUACAGAAUUUUGGAUUCUUGGAGAAUCAGGGAAUAUAGGGUUUGUGCAGGAAAAUGGAGUUGAAGUCAUGGAUUAGCUGUGACUAUUUAACAUUGGGCAACUUGAGGAAGCCAGGUAGUUGAUUCCUAUUUCUGUUUUUGUUUGGGUUGAAAACCCAUCACUCUGUCUGGAGUUGAGCUCCAUUGACGUAGGUGACACUUAGUAUCCUUAGCUCAAAUUAAAUGAUCUGAUCUUAAAGCCUGGGAGACCAGACAGCUCCAAAUGCCCUUGAUAAUCUAUGAUUCGACAAAGAGAAGAUGUAAUGAAUCAAAGCCUCCCAAUCUAAAUGCAUUUCAGUAAAUGACUGUGCAUCGAGUGAAAAUGGGAGGGAUACUCUUCUAAUUCAGAUAGUCUUUUUAGCAGCCGUAGGCUAGGCCUGGUAAGAAAAGAAAGGCUAUUUAGCAACGAGUUGUUAUGAACACUGGAAGAAAACUAUCUCCUUAAAAGUAAUUGGUAUAAAUGCUAUUUAGAUUAUAAGAGCUAAGCUAGGGAUUGUGAAAAUGAAAGUGGAAUAAACCAGCUCCAAGUGAGAAGGAUUCAAAGUAAUAUGUGAUUCAGAGAAAUGGGAAAAUUUGAGGAUGUAGAAAGGAUUCGGGCAGAAGAUUAAGUACUGUUACCAGAGUUUGCAUUGGAUGCACUUUAAAAAUAUUAAAGAUGCUAGAAGGCACAGUCGGGAAUAUUUUGAAAUGAUAAUAUAGAAGUGCGAAACAUGAAUACAAUUGUCUUAUGGUUAUGUUGUGACACUGGCAUCAAUGACAGCAUUAAUGACUGAGGAAAAUAUCAGUAAGUUGCUUGUUGGAUUUUCUAACUGGUUAUUGGUGCCUUUAGAGGAAUCUGCUACUUUGGGGAUUUUUUGGUACAUUUGUCUUCUGGAAUCACAGAUUCAAUGGUUACUUUCAAAUCAAAAUUUAAAUACUUGAAGUUAAAUAUGAACUAUUGUGCUGAUGGCCAAUUGAAUAGAUUCUAGGGAAGUGUAUGAUCAUGCACUUUGUUAGAAAGAAUAAAGGCAUAGACUAUUUUCUAAAAGUUCAGUGAAUUCAGAAAUUUCAAGUGGAAAGGGACUUGGGAGUUCUUGUGCAGAAUUUCCUGAAGGUUAAGUUGGUAGUAAAGAAAGCAAAUGCAUUUUGAGAGAAUUAGAAUAUAAAAGCAAGGAUGUAAUGCUGAGGCUUUAGAAGGCAUUGGUCAGGCCAUAUUUAGAUUAUUGUGAACAGGUUUAGGCCCCAUGCCUAGGAAAGAAUAUGCUGGCAUAUGGCAGAGUCUAGAGGAGUCGAAUAAGAAUGAUCCCAGCAAUGAAAGGGUUAGUGUAUGUGGAACAUUUGAUGGCACAUGGCCUGUACUCAACUGUAGUUUAGAAGAAUGUGGAGGAUUUCAUUGAAACUACCAAAUAUUGAAAGGCCUUGACGGAGUGAACAGGGAAGAGAUGUUUCGAAUAGUGGGAGAAUGUAGGACAUGAGGACACAGUCUCAGAAUAAAAGAACAUCCCUUUAACAAAGAUGAGGAAUUUGUUUAGCCAGAGUGUGGUGGAUCAGUGGAAUUUAUUGCCCCAGACAGCUUUGGAGGCCAAACCAUUUUGGUAUAUUUAAAGCAGAGUUUGAUCGUUUCUUGAUUAGUAGAAUGUCAAAGGCUACGGAGCAAAGGUAGGCAAAUGGCGUUGAGAGGGAAAUAAAUAAAUCAGCCAUGAUUGAAUGGGAGAAUAACCUUGAUGGGCCAAUUAGCCUAAUUCUGCUGCAAUGUCUAAUGGUCUCAUAAAAUUUGCAAGAAUUGUGGUGAAAGUGUAUGUCAGUGAAAUUCAUUGAAAAUACUUUUAAAAAGUUGUAAAUGCAUAUGACUUAUGUUGUAUGAUUUUUUUUACUAGUCCAUUCAUCUGUUAACUUUAGGCAUCGCAAGACAUUUUAAACAAACACUGGAAAACUCUCCAGUGCUACGUUCUCUUGGAAUGAAAACAAAUAUGAUUGCUCUAGGUUGAUCUAUUUGCUGGUAUUUUCUAUACUGAGCAUAUUCAAAAGGGUAACAAUUAUACCAAUGUCCAAGAAGAGUAGUGUGAGCUACUUUAAUGACUACUCCAGCAGCACUCACAUCUACGGUGAUGAAAUGCUUUGAGAGGUUGGCGAUGGCUGGAAUCAACUCCUGCCUCAGCAAGGACCUGGACCCACUGCAAUUUGCCUAUUGCCACAAUAGGUCUACGGCAGACACAAGCUCAAUGGGGCUUCACGCAGCCUUUGAUCAUCUGGACAAAACAAGCACCUAUGUCAGGAUACUGUUCGUUGACUAUAGCUCAGCGUUUAACACGAUAAUUCCUACAGUCCUGAUCAAAAAGCUACAGAAAAUGGGCCUCUGUAUCUCCCUGUGCAAUUAGAUCAUUGACUUCCUAACUGGAAGAUCACAAUCUGUGUGGAUUGGUAAUAACAUUUUCUCCACGCUGACUAUUAACACUGGUGUACCUCAGGGAUGUGUGCUUAGCCCACUGCUCUGCUCUCUAUAUACCCAUGUCUGUGUGGCUAGGCAUAGCUCAAACACCAUCUAUAAAUUUGCUGAUGAUACAACCAUUGUUGGCAGAAUCUCAGAUGGAAACAAAAGGGCGUA